AUGCAAGAGCAGAUUUUAAAAUUCUCUCAACUCUCACUUUUGAUUGCAGCAAAAGGAGAUAAAGGGGAUUACAUUACUGCAUCAACAAUGUUUGAUGAGAAUUCAUUUAUUUUUGGAACAUUUCAUGGAAGAAUUGUAAUUGCUGAGCUAAAUGGAACUCUUAAACUAGAAUUAGUUCAUUCAGGAAAUCAAGUAAAUUCACUCAGUCUUACUAAUGAUAAAAAAUAUCUACUUUUCGCAGAUUCUCAAAAAACUUGUUAUAUUUACUCAAUUGAAACACAGAAACAACUUCUUUUUGUAUCCCACUCAGUACCUAUUGUUCAUUGCGUUUUAGAUCCACUUUUCAACGAAAAAACAGCUCCAAGAUUCUUUAUUUCGGAUUUAUCAGGAGCAAUAUAUCAAUACACACCAAGAUUUUUAUUUGGGUCAAGUUUCAGUAAGCUUGUUGAACCUCAACAAAAAAUUCAAAAUAUGAUUUGGUUUUCUAACCAUUUAAUCUAUACUACGAACGUAUCAUUAUUUGCAUACGAUAUAUCAUCUCAAAAGAAUACGUAUUCUAUAAAUCCUCCCUUUUUGAAAUCGAAAAUCGAACAUCAUUGUUCAUUUGUUCCUUUAUCACCAGAAAAGAUCGGUAUUGUAUUCGGAAAUUACUUCUAUGAAUUAUCAUUCGAUAAAACACGUUCAGUUUUCUUCAAUCUUACAAAAGAUGCAGUAUCUCUUGCUUAUUCAAAGAACAGUUCAUUAACUGUAUUUACAACAAAGACAGACCAACAACUAAUACUUGUAGAUCAAAAUUACACAGCGGAUUCUGUUUCUCCGCCUUCUGCAGAACCAUUAAUUUUAUUAUCUUCCGCUCCAAACGAUUCCUUCCUUUUUGUAUAUCCGAAAUCAGCAUUUAUCGCAUCCUUUUCAUCGUGGGAUGAGCGGAUCAAGAAUAUUUUGUUCCAAUGCACAGAUGACGAAUGCAUUUCUCAUUUAAAGGGCUGGCUGAAGCUUAUUGAAGAAUCCGAACGCUCCAAUCUCAUUCUUGCUGUUUGCCAUCAACUAAUUUCGAAGAAUUCCCUUAAAAAAGCUUCAAUUCUUUGUAGUGAAUAUUUGAAAACGACGGACGAGUGGUGUUCAGCGAUAGAAAUAUUCCACGCCAAUGGAGUUCUCCAGCACCUUACAGAUUAUAUCCCAGAACGCGUCCUUGCCCAUACAAAACGAAAUGUUGACAUAUUAUUGCAUCUUCUUGAGGCAAAUCCAUAUCAUUUCUGCACGGUAUUUGCAUCUCUACCUCCGGAGAGCUUCGAUGCAGAGUCAUUGUUGCUUCCUGUUCAAAUGCGUGCAAGAACUGAUAUGAUUUUCAAUAUUCCUUUGAUACACAUCUACCACAGACUGAACAAACACAAUGAAGCAUUCCUUACUGCAUUAAAUGCUAAGUAUUUGUCCAUUUUCACCGAUAUUGAGAAAAUUGGAGAUUAUCACUUCCCUCUUGAACAAUUUGACAGACUUUACGAGUCAUUUGGCGGCUUAUUCACUGAUUUUUUGAUCCAGAAUCACGAAAAACUGCCUCCAGCCAUCGUAUUACCCAAAUUUUCCCAAAAUCGUCGAAAAGAAAUGCUCGAAUACAUGCACAAGCUCUUCUGUCUGGAUGUUCCUUUACCAGAUGAGUUCAGAACAGAGCUUGCCAUCCUAUACAUUGAGUUCCACCACCCAGCAACGAUGAAAUUCCUUUCUACCGGCCAAUUCUUCAAUUAUUCACGAGCAUGGUCAGCCGCGAACAGGGAAAAGAUGUGGCCAGAAGCAGCAUUCCUUGCUCGCAAGACCGGUGCCGUUGUUGAAGGAAUGAAGAUACACUUGGAGAAGAUAAGAGAUCCAAAGAGAGCUGUUGAAUACGCAAUUGCAGCCGAAAACGACAAAGUUUGGCAGAUGUUACGUGAUGCAGCUUAUUCUGAUGUUGACUUUCUUACAUAUAUGCUAGAUAUCCUUCCUUCUUUGCAUAUAGAAGCUGUUGACUUCGUUAAACACAUUCCGGAACCAAUGUCAAGGAAAAUUGACAUUGCUUCUCUCUCUGCAAACACAUUGAAGGAAUUCAGGUGCAGACUUGCCGCUGUUCAACUGACUACGAAUAUCAUUGCUGGAGCUGCUUUUGAUAAGUUUAACAGUCAACUUAAAUCAGCAAGAAGAGCAAAGAUUGUAAGAAAUUAG